AUGAAGGUGCCAAAGACUAUCACUUACAAUAGUCUUGUUGAUCAAUUGUAUACUUUAAUCGGAGCUGACAAGUCUCGUAUUGAUCUUGACUUAAAUGUAAUCUAUCAUUUUGGAAGUAAAGGUAUCCCUCCAUCUUUAAUUAGUAAUGAUGAUGAUGUUGCUUUUUUUCUUGAUGAGAUAGGAACAUCUAUCAAUCAUCGGACACCCCUAUGUGUGUCUACUAUAGAGAAGAGAAGUAAUGAUCCUUUGGUUACUAAAACACGUGAGUUGUAUACUAUUCCUCCAGUUGAAACCAAAGUGAAUGAUGAUUUUUGCAUUGAUGGCAAUGAAAACAGUUGUGAUGAUGAUAAUAAUGAUGCAGAUGGCAAUGAAGAUAGUUGUGAUGGUGAUAAUAAUGAUGCAGAUGGCAAUGAAGACAGUUGGGAAAAAGGCUCUACUUCAGCCUCAACAGCUCAAUUACUGACAUCUUCUUCGAGUAUCAAUUCGUGGGAAAUAAAAGAGGGUCAAAUAUUUGAGAACAAGCAAGAGUUGAAGAUGAAACUCCAUCUUUAUGCAUUAAAGAAAAACUUUGAGUUUAAAGUAAAGAAGUCUGCGAAAAAUAUAUGGUGUACAGUAUGUGUUGAUGAUAAAUGCAAAUGGAGGUUGAGGGCUACAAAAUUGGUUAAUUCCAAUAUGUUCGAGGUUCGUAAAUUUUUCGGUGAACACACAUGCUCAUUGGAUGUUCGACAUAAAGAUCACCGUCAGGCAUCCCCAUGGCUUAUUGGACAUGUCAUAAGGAGAAAAUUUGAGGGUGAUGAUGUUAAUUACAAGCCAAGGUCAAUUGUAAAAGAUAUGAGUUUAUCAUAUGGAGUUCAUAUGAGCUAUGCUAAAGCUUGGAGGUGUCGAGAGCAUGCAUUGGCUUACAUAAGAGAUACACCAGAAUCAUCAUUUCAGAAACUUCCCUCAUUUCUAUACAUGAUGGAGCAAAAAAAUCCUGGAACUGUUACUCAUUUGCAGAUGGACAAUGAAGGUAGGUUCAAAUAUUGCUUCAUGGCCUUAGGUGUUUCUAUAAUGGGGUUUAAAACAUAUAUUCGCCCAGUUAUAUGUGUAGAUGGAACCUUCUCGACUACUCGGUGUGGAGGUACUUUGUUAUGUGCCAUGGGACAAGAUGCUAACAAGCAAAUAUAUCCAAUUGCAUUUUCAGUAGUUAACUCAGAGAAUAAUGACUCAUGGUUGUAUUUUCUACUGAGGUUGAAGGAAGCGAUUGGUGAAGUGGAGAAUCUAGUAUUCGUGUCUAAUAGACAUACUAGUAUAGCAAGUGCCUUGACUAAAAAUUUUCCUGAGGCACACCACGGUGCUUGUAUACAUCAUGUUAGCAUGAAUAUCCGUGCGAAGUUCAAAACUGACCAUUGCCAUGAAGAAUUCUUCCUUGCAGCGAAAGCUUAUAGAAAGCGAGAGUUUUUACGCCAUUUUGAGAAGAUUAAAUUCAAAGAUCUUGCAAUUGCUCAAUAA